CGCACACAUCCAACGGUGCGUACGUCCGGCCGGCCCCGCGGGCGUGCCAAUCUGCCAGAGCUGAGAGCUGGCUGGCGAGCAACACGGUAGAAACGGAGCUGCAUCGAUGCUGCGCUGCGUUGCAUUCAUCGCUCGUAGAGUAGUAUUUGCAUUGCAUGUCGUGCGUGACGUACGAUCCAGUAGCCGUCCACCCACACCCUGACGAAUGCUGCUGCGCUUGCUUUGCAGUUUGCAGCGAGGGGAAUGGAGAAGAGGAGACAGGGAGGCCCCAGGUGCGUUCGAUCCAUACCAUUACCACUCACUCCCUCCCUCCCUCUCUCUGCACCUCUGUCUGCAGUCACUGCACACCAUCUGCUCUGCUAUCACCACCGCUUCCUCCAAUCCGUUCUUCUCCAUUUCAUUCUUCCGUUCUCCGUUUCACUCCCCCAUCUAGCUACCUGUGGCAGUCUAGCUCCAUAAAUCUAGUCACAUUUCGACCGGAGACGAGAGGAGAGGAGAGCUCGACACGACACACAGGAGUACUAGCUAGUAUACAGGAUGGAUUCGUUCGGCGGGGACGAGAAAUGGAAGCUGUCCAAGAAGGGCCGGAGCAGAUCCGGCAGGGCACACAUCACGGACGGCGCCGCUGGUGCGAGCAGCAGCACCACAAUGCUCAGCCGGAGCUACUCGGCCAGCGUGAGCGGCACCAGGGCCGACACAAGCAGCAGCAGCAGCAGCAGCUCUCAAGGGCAAGGGCAGGGGCAGGGGCAGCAAGGGUCGUCAGCGCGGCUGUCCAAGAAGUGUGUGGAGGCGGUGAAGGAACACCGGGCGCGCUUCUACAUCGUCCGCCGCUGCGUCUCCAUGCUCGUCUGCUGGCGCGACUACUAGCCACGCCGCCUGCCGGCCGGCCCCUGCAUCUCUCCAUGAUCCGUACGUCCAUGUAGCUAGCUAUAAGAGCUAGCUAGCUAGAUGACUCGAUCCAUCUUCUUGCUUUCUUUCUUUCUUGGCUUCGUAAUUAAUCUGUUCUUUGUUUUUAUUAAUUUGCGUCUGUACAUAAGUAAGUAUAAGAGCAUGCAUGAUUCACGCG